ACGUGGUUAAAGCAGUUCAAUAAAUAGCAAUCACAACAGUGUAGUCGUCGGCAAAAAAGAACAAUGCUAACACGAAAGACGAAAUACAAGACGACAGAGAAGCAGACACAGACAGAGCAGGAAAUGUAUUAUGGUGCGUCUGUGGCAACUCCGGAGCCUUUGGUAGAGGAAGAUGGAACAGAGGGUCAGCAUGAAACGGGCAGUAGCGACAUCAAAUCCGAAGAGGAAGAGUCAAAAAUGAACUUAAAGGACAUUAUUGUUACAACCAUAAAGAAAGAGUUUGACUCGGACUCAGGUGAGGAAUGGGCCCUUCCUACUCCAACAAAGAAACGGCGAGUCCCUCCCCCCUCCACCGACGUCUCAGCGGUCUCCUCUGGGUCGGCGGGGAAGUGGCAUAUUAUCACUGAUAAGGAUGAACAACCCAGUCUCCCCCAUUUUAAACCGAAGCGACCGCCGGGACCACACCUCAUGCCAGGCACGAAAUACUCACCUCUUGAACUAUUUCAGCUUUUUUUCAGCAAGUCUGUUGUCACAACCCUUGUGGACAACACCAACAAGUUUGCAGAGAACAGAUUAAGUGCAGGAAAGAACUUCAGAUGGGUUCCUGUCUCUGUCAAUGAGUUAUACACUUUCAUUUCAAUUGUCAUAUACAUGGGCUUGGUAAAAGCAAAGACUCUUGCAGAUUAUUGGUCGAGGAACCGCGUGUACAGACUUCCGUUCCCUGGCACGGUCAUGACCAAAGCCAGGUUUUUAACUAUCUCCUGGAACCUGCAUUUAUCGGAUCCUCAGGAGGACAUGGAGAACCUGAAGAAAAAAGGAUCCCCAGGAUUCGACAGACUGUUCAAAAUCAAACCCCUUUAUGUGGACAUAGUUUCAGCGUGCCGCACAUUUUUUCAGCCCAGAAGAGAAAUCUCAAUAGAUGAGCGUAUGGUAGCCACUAAGGCAAGAAAUGGGUUGAAACAAUAUAUGAAAAAUAAGCCCACAAAAUGGGGCCAGAAACUAUUUGUUCUUGCUGACUCAUCGAAUGGCUAUACGUGGAAUUUCUUUGUUUACGAGGGAAAAAAUACCAUGUCGUCUGGAAAGGGACUUGGUUAUGACUCUGUCAUGGCCCUGUUAGAAUUUUCUUUACUGGGCAGAGGAUAUAAGGUUUACACGGACAACUUUUACACCACCCCAAGGCUUUUUUUGAACCUACUACAGGAAAACACAGUUGCUUGUGGUACCAUUCGUCCAAACCAACGAGACUUUCCCAAAACAAAGGUGAACGACCUCCCCAAAAAUGCAGACAGGGGUACCAUUCGCUGGUGCAGGCACGGCAACUUGCUCUUUGUGAAAUGGAAAGACACCAGAGAGGUGAACAUGUGCACGACAAUUCAUAAGGCCUACGCAGGUGACAGAGCCAACAGAAGGGUCAAAAACAGCAAAGGAGUUUGGACUUCUAUCCCUGUUCCAAUUCCUGCUGCGAUCAAAGACUACAACCAGCACAUGGGAGGAGUAGGCCUUUCUGACACUCUUUUGGGCUACUACGGAGUCCUCCACAAGACAAGGAAAUGGUACAAGACCUUUUUUUUUCACUUUAUCGACAUUGCCAUUGUCAACAGCUUUAUUCUGCACAAAGAGAUGAUCCAGGCUCACCGAAAAGACCACCUGACACAGAAAAAAUUUAGGGAAACGCUGCAGCUUCAGCUGGCAGACAUUUCAAAGAUGCCCUGGCAAGAGGAACUAGUGACAUUAGCACAGCCAGUAGCACCGCCGGCACAUUGCAUGGUUGCAUUCUACUCAACGGAUGCGACUAGCAGUAGAAGGGCAUGUAGACUGUGCAAACAGGCAGGCAAGAGAGUAAAAACUCCUGCCUACUGCACAAAGUGCAAUGUCGCAUUGUGCUUACUGCCAGCUCGAAACUGUUUCAAGGACUGGCACGAUAGUGGAAACCACAAAAAUGUUUGAAGGUUGCUCUGUGUCUACGAGAUUGCCUGAGUAUGUUACCGUGAACAAAAAUGUAAACAUUUGUUGUUAAUAAUAGUUAUUGUUAUAAUAAUAAUUGUUUUUCUUUUAUUAAGACCAAGAUUUCUAGAUAAAACUUGCCUCUUACCUACCCAUUACUAGUGUAUGCUGUCUAUGCUAAAGUAAUGGAAUAAAAUGUGUUGAUCCGUAUUGUUUUCUUAUGACAAGGUCAAAUGGAUAGGUGGAUACGUGCGCACUGAACGCAUUACUCUAGUGUGAGUGUGUGUGUGAGGUGUGUGAGUGUGUGUGUGUGAGGUGUGUGAGUGU